UUGCACAGAGCGGAAAAGUGUGGAGAAUUUUGUUAAAACAAAAAAUAUAUGUAAAUAAAAAGCAGACAGCACUUUCUUAUAUUUACUACACCCUCACGCAUGCAUACAUAUGUGUGCGUGUAUGUAAGCAUUUACAUGUGGAAGGUGGGAAAUGCAUGGAGUGAAAUUUUGUUGAAGUGAAUUCAUAUGAAAUGUUUGUUUAGGCGAGUUAAUCUCAAAAGCGAAUUAACAGUGCGAAAAUUCUAAAGUGCUGAGGAACGGAAAAUGUGCGCGUUUUUGAGUGUUUGAAGCAAAACUUUUUGAAGAAAAAAAAAAACAAAAAAAGGAAAGUUACAUUAAAAAAUUAUCGUACUCUAUUUUCUUCCAUCAUACGUAACUAGAAGGAAAAUAUUAUAAAUCAGAAGCCAGAAAUACUAAGAAAUUUUGUGAAAUUCCGUAAAGCUUCAAAAAGUAAAAAAAAAAAACUUCCUCAAAUACUAGCAAACAUGAAAGAAAAAAUUCCAUGCAAAACAGAAUAAUGAAAAUGCAAUUAAAAUGUUAAAAACACAACAAAGUGUCAUUGCAUGUGCACCUCUUCAACCCCCAAACUACCGCGCUCCUUGUCAACAAUGUAUGCCAUCGGCCAGCGCAACGCCAUUUGCGCAAAGUGACGUCAAUUUCGAGCGCCGAAAACCAUUAAAAUUUCGUCAAUUAUUUAACAACACCGCCAUAACAACACUGGUGAGUUGUCUCACCUUCCACCGCUCCCUCGGUUAACUACCAAAAAAACAUUAUUUUCUGUCAACAUGUUGGCCGAAAAAGCAUUGCUGUCCGUAUUGGCUUUGUGGAUUGGCUGCUGCAACGCCGACUCUGGGCUGCCGCUUAUACAAAUAAGUCAUGAUGACGAUUUGGGCGACGACUAUCCAGAGAUGCGUGAAGAAGUACAUCUUGAGGACUUCUUUUGGACUGGCUCAGGUGACGGUCCACCCGACUACUUGAAGAAGGUGCAUACCGGGAUUAGCAAGGGGAAAGAUGUGAUUGUAAAGACGGAGACAGUUGUGGCAACAGUUUAUGUGGACGGCAAUAAUGAAAUUGAUAUACCGAUUUGCUUGGAUUGCCCACCAGAUGAUGGCGGCGGCACUUGGGGUGUUGCUGCAAUGCCUCCCCUCAACUAUUCAGCAACAGAUCGAAGAUAUUGGUUAUUGACAGUAAUGUCCGGGUUCUAUACACAAAAGGAUAAUCCGGUGUUGGAGGAGAAGUUGGCGCGUUUAUAUCGAUUAGCUUUUACGAGGCAACAGUCAAAGCAUUUAGGCAUCAAUGGCGCGCAGCAAAUCGCCGGCAUCGCAGUUUCAGCGGGCAGAAAUAGGCGUGGUCAUGACGAAGCCGGCAUACAACCGUUUGAGUCCACUACGCCGAAAGAUCUCGAUGACGAUGCUGAGUUGCUUGAAAUGACUGGUGGGGAUGUGCAAGCGAAUACUCGAUCCAUAAAACCAAAACGGAGUGGCAAUCGAAACACUGAGUGGGAAACAUCCUCUGAAGAAAAUGAGAGCGCCUUUUCUACCACGAACACAAGCACAACUGGAUUUAGUGAAUAUCAAAUGACAACAACAACAUUCGACAUAAAUACCACACGCGACGAAGACGUUAGUACAUCGCCUUUACCUUAUGUGACUAUAAUGGCAUGGGAGUUGAUACAGCAGGAAGCAAAGUCAGAGAAGCUGCAGAGUGUAGCGGCGCUCUUGGACACACCAAUACAAGCACAAAACCCGUUGCUACGUAGCGCACAAGUGCGUGUGAUUAUUCAUAACAUCACACGAAUGACAGAGGAGGAGUUGCAGAAGGGUCUGCACAGUGUGGGCACGUACGACGAGGAUGUCAAUGAGAAAAUCGAUGAACGCCCUAUUGCAAAUCAAACCGAACUUAUCUACUCCGUGUUCGUCAACGGGCGUCCAGUGCUGGCGGUAACAGCGGCCAACGACAUGAAGCUGGUGUCCGAAACCGAAGCAGCUAAUGUCAUUGGCCAGGAGGUGUACAUGAAAGCCGAGCCCUAUCUGCGCGAGCCGCAGGCUACACCAUUGGCGCCAGCAAUACACAGCGGCCAGUCGGGAUUCAUAGACACCAUACAGAAUAACACCGCCCUGGUGGUGGUCACUUCGGUUGCGUUUUUAUUGUUAUUGCUGCUACUCGUUGCCCUACUGCUAAUGGGACGUUCGCGUGUGCGCGAGAAACAGCGAUUAGAGGAGCAGAGAACGACUAGCCGCAACGAGCUACUCGCCGAAUUGCAGUCAGGCCGUGGUGCUUCCACUGAAACGGGUUUAGAUACAGGCCGUUCUACGGCGCCGUCCCGUGACGUUGGCGUACAGAACUUCUCAUUUGAGCACGAUGGCGUCCAGCGUACACGUGAGGCGCGCAUCAAUUUCCCAAGUCCACCAAUGGAUCGUGAAUAUCGUCGCGACUCGCUUACUUCUUCAGACAAUACAUCAGACUCUUCAGUUUACUGCCCCAUCAAUCCACCAGCACCCGAUGUUCAACGCAUACUCGACAACAAAGCGGCAACACUAUUCGAUAAGCAUCGCCGCAGACACCCGCAACAACAUGAAUACGAUCAAGCGGAGGGGCGCGAGCAUGCCAUCUAUACCACCGUCAUCACUGAGAAGAAACACGAUAAGACACGACGGAAGACCAAACGUCGUUACCUCUCCGAGAAUCGUGUGGGUUCGCUAGAGACUAGUCCACGUACGCAUCGCACCGCACAGUCGUCAGGCGAUGAAGUAGUGAGCGGCUCACUGGACGAGGACCAAUUGAGUAGCACUUAUGCGAAUUUGGAAAGAAGUGAAGCUUACAAUCCGCACAACAACUAUCAUCGCAAUAAAUUGUUGCAUCAGAAGAGCCUGUUUAGCGAUAAAGAUGGCGGCGAACAGUUGCCAGCCACAGAAGCUAUAAAUAAGGAAAUUAUACGUACGCUACAGCCAACCGAAAGGUCUUCCGAUACCGGCAGCAUUGGUUCAUUUCUAUCGAUGGCUUCUGUGAAAGCAUUUCCGAAAAAUUCACUGCCCCAACCGUUGAAUCGCGUAUUGGAUCCGGUAUUUGUUACAUACUACGAUAAUGUCGAAGACCCAGCCACAAGAAAACAGCCAUCCAACACACGUUCAAUGCAUAAACAGCAAAGUAGGCAUGACACGUUGGACGCAACGACCAUAGCGACUGUAGAGAAUUUCCCUACACCGAAGGCGCCGUCUUACACAAAUUUGCGCGCAUCACAAAGUGACAAUCCCGACCCGGGUGUUGUUGGUCCCAUAGUUUGGGAAAGACAUAAGAAACAAUUGAAUGAGGCUGCAGGUGCCGAUGAUGCGGACGAUAUGAUGUUGAGAUUCGGCGAAAAGUUCGGCAACAAUCCGGGAGCGAUAAGAAAUCAUUAUGAAGAUCUACUUGAAAGCGCCAUACAAAUGUAUUCCAGUCAGGAUGACCUACCGACACCUUUGCCAACGCGUGACUUCAGCAACAAACGCAAGCCGACUAAGAGGGAGAAUCGCGGCUCAUCGGCCGGUGUAUCAAGCUUUGCAGCCCGCCUUCGCAAUGCUGAAGCUCGUCCAGCUACUGCCCAACCAGCGAAAACCACGAAAUCCAAUCAGUCCACUCAGCCGCCCUCGCCCGCUAGCGGCGCUUGGGGUGGCAGUCUUCACGGCUCACAUUCACCACUCACUCGUCCAUUGAGUGCGGGACCCUUCCAGCGCUCGGAAACAUUUCAGGUAGUUGGUCCACCCAGAGUGGCACCCAAGCGUCCAGAUGUGUCAGCGGAACCACUCAUCGAGGCAAUUGAAAGCGAAUUGCGUAGAUUUAAGGAUGAACAGCACUAAAGGGUUUGGAGUCUAUGCCACUUGGAAAUACUUAUACAUAGAUAUGAUAUUAACUGUCAAAAGCAUUGCACAGACUUAAUUUAUAAGUUUUUUUUUUUGUUUUUUUUUUUUUUUGUUUUAUUUCAAGUGUACGU